AACGUGCCAGACCCUGCCCCUGUGCUGAGCCGUGCUAAAUCCGUUUUCUCCCUCUUCCUCCUAUCCUGAGGCGGGCUGCUGUUUGUACCCUCCCCACACGCUCUCACUAGCUUAGAGAUCUGAGCCGAGAUCCCACCCCUUCCAGUCCAGAGCCAGCACUAGAGCGGAGCCGGUCCAGACACACUGCCUUUCUAACACAUGCAAACACAUAUAUGUAGGUAGGGCUUGGGAGAAAAGGAGGGGGGGAAGCGAAAAAAAAACAGUCCUUGGAUUCGUUUCAUUGCUGCGAAAAAAAAGGUCACGUUGAAUACAACUCCUUACCGGGACCGUCAACGAGCCUGGGUCUUUAGAAGAUUUAUUAUAAACGUUUGCAAGCGAAGAGCGAAGGCAUGCUGGAUUUUAAAGGGAUCUAUCAUCUUAUCGUGCUGUCAACUUUCUUGGUUCAGGUCUCGUUUGCAAAGGGCUAUUUCGAGGUCCGGGUUAACUCGGUGCAGAACGUUAACGGCGAAUUGGAGAACGGGGAUUGCUGCGAUGGCUCCAGAGGUUCUUUGGAUCGAAAAUGCAUCAAGGACGAAUGUGACACUUAUUUCAAAAUUUGUUUGAAGGAAUACCAGGCACGCGUCGCCGCCUCUGGAGGCUGCACUUUUGGGAGCGGAUUCAGCCCUGUACUGGGGAAAAAUACUUUUUCUCUCCCAGAUAAAAGCGCACUUGGAAAGAUAGUUAUCCCCUUUCACUUUGCGUGGCCGAGAUCAUACACAUUAAUAUUGGAAGCCUGGGACCAGGACAAUGCAACAUCUGGUGAAGGCCAGCUGAUUGAGCGAGGCUCUCAGACAGGAAUGAUCAACCCUGGAGGCCCCUGGAUGACAUUGCAAUACAAUGGGCCAGUGGCUCACUUUAACUACAGCAUCCGGGUCAGGUGCGAAGAGCACUACUAUGGGACCGGCUGCAACAAGCUCUGCCGGCCACGGGACGACUUCUUCGGCCACUUCAUGUGCGACCAGAAUGGGAACAAGCUCUGUAUGGAGGGCUGGAUGGGCCAGGACUGCAAAAAAGCCAUAUGCAAGCAGGGUUGUCAUUCGAUCCAUGGAGGGUGUGAUGUCCCUGGGGAAUGCAAAUGUCUGUACGGAUGGCAGGGGCAGUUCUGUGAUGAGUGUGUUCCAUACCCAGGCUGUGUCCAUGGGACGUGUGUGGAGCCGUGGAAAUGUAAUUGUGAAACCAACUGGGGUGGUCUACUCUGCAAUAAAGAUUUGAAUUACUGUGGGACGCACCAUCCGUGUGUCAACGGAGGGACCUGCAUGAACACAGAACCUGACGAGUACCAAUGUGCCUGUCCUGAAGGAUAUUCUGGCAAGACCUGUGAGAUUGCUGAGCAUGCUUGUGUGUCCAACCCCUGUGCAAAUGGAGGUACCUGCCAUGAGGUCCCAACUGGUUUUGAAUGCCAGUGUCCUUCGGGUUGGAAUGGGACAACCUGUGCCAUCGAUAUAAAUGACUGUGUAUCACGUCCAUGUGCACACGGUGGGACUUGCAUUGACCGUGUUAAUGGGUUUGAGUGCAUCUGCCCCUCACAGUGGAUUGGGAAGACCUGCCAGCUGGAUGCUAAUGAAUGUGAGGCGGAGCCUUGUGUUCACUCUUACACUUGCAGAAAUUUGAUUGGUGGAUAUUACUGUGACUGCCUUCCGGGAUGGUCUGGACAAAACUGUGACCUCCAUAUUGAUAACUGCUAUGGACAGUGCCAGAAUGGAGCCACCUGCAAGCCCAACAGUGUGCGUGGUUACCAGUGCAUCUGCCCACGUGGGAUUGUUGGCAGAAACUGUGAGGUUGAAAUAAAUGAAUGUGCUAGUCAGCCAUGCCUGAAUGAAGGACAAUGUCAGGAUCUGCUCGGUGGCUUCCGGUGUCACUGUCUGCGUGGUUACUCGGGGACCUUCUGUGAGAGGAUCAACUUCUGUGAUCCCAGCCCAUGCCAGAAUGGUGCCAAGUGCUACAUCCUUGGGGAUAAUUACUACUGUGCCUGUCCUGAGGACUAUGAAGGGAAGAACUGCUCACUUCUGAAGGAUCACUGCAGAUCUGCUCCUUGCCAAGUGAUUGACAGCUGCACUGUGGCGAUCUCCAGCAACAGCAGUCAGGGUGGGGUCCGCUUGAUAUCAUCCAAUGUCUGUGGUCCACGGGGUACCUGCAUCAGCCAGCCUGGUGGGAACUUCACGUGUGCCUGUAAUCGGGGGUUUACCGGGAUGUAUUGCCAUGAAAAUAUCAAUGAUUGCAUAGCAAACCGGUGUAAGAAUGGGGGCACGUGUAUCGAUGGAGUGGACUCCUUCCGCUGUAUUUGCCCUGAUGGUUGGGAAGGUGAACUUUGUGAAAUUGAUGUCAAUGACUGCAGCCCCAACCCUUGUCUCAAUGGGGGCCGCUGUGUGGAUGGACUCAAUGAUUUCCACUGUGAGUGCACCAAUAACUGGAAAGGAAAGACCUGCCACUCCAGAGAGAACCAGUGUGACGGAAAUACUUGCAGUAACGGAGGCACAUGUUAUGAUGUGGGAGACACCUUUCGAUGUGUAUGUGCGCCAGAGUGGGACGGCAGUACCUGCAACCUUGCUAAGAACAGCAGUUGUAUCCCCAACCCUUGCCAGAAUGGAGGGACAUGUGUGGGCAGUGGAGAUACUUUCACUUGUGUCUGCAAAGAGGGAUGGGAAGGACCCAGCUGCACUCAGAAUAAGAAUGACUGCAGCCCUCAUCCAUGCUACAAUGGAGGCAUCUGCGUUGACGGUGUGAAUUGGUUUCGGUGUGAAUGCGCUCCAGGUUUUGCCGGACCGGACUGUCGAAUCAAUAUCGAUGAAUGCCAGUCUUCUCCUUGUGCUAUUGGAGGCACUUGUGUGGAUGAGAUUAAUGGUUACAGGUGCAUCUGCCCAGCUGGGAGAGCAGGCCACAGAUGCCAAGAAGUUAUUGGCUUUGGCAAGUCGUGUUUCACAUCAGGGCAGUACCAUCCACAUGGGCUCAGAUGGGAUCAAGAGUGCAACACCUGUCAGUGCAUGAACGGCAACAUCAACUGUACCAAGGUAUGGUGCGGCCAGAAGUCCUGCUUGUUACAAGAUCGGCCAGGCCGCGAAAACUUCCUGUGCCCAGAGGGCCAGACGUGCCAGGUCAGCCCCUGGCUGAAGUGUUUCUCCCCUCCAUGCACGGACUGGGGGGAGUGUAACCCCCAGUCUGCACUGCCUGUACACACCACAUGCCAGCCCAAUGCUCCUUAUCUGGACAACAACUGCGCCAAGAUCACGCUCCUCUUCAACAAGGAGAAGGUUCCAAAGGGCAUCACGGUAGAAUAUAUCUGCUGGGAGCUGAGAUACUUGCCCAUGCUACGCAGCCUGUCCAGGGACCGGGCCUUGUUUGUGUUGUGUGACUUCGCCAACGCCACCAACAGUGCAGUGGAAGUGGCCGUUUCGUUCACCCCGCAGGCCGAGGACCAGGAUGGAGCCCUGAUCAGGGAGGUGGUGACAAAGAUGGUUGACAGCAUCACUCAGUGGCAAAACAGCACUGUGAUGCUUGCGGUUGUUGAAGUGAAGGUAGAGACGGCGUACAUUCCUCUCCCCCAACCAGCAUACCUGGUCCCUGUGUUGAGCGUGGUGUUCGGCACGAUCUGGCUGAUCUGCAUCAGCAUCUGCGUGUGGUGGACGCGGAAGCGGCGAAAAGAGAGGGAGAGAAGCCGCCCACCCACAGAAGAUUCAGUCAACAAUCAGUGGGAGCCCCUCAAGCCCAUCAGGAACCCCAUUGACAAACCCUGCAGCAACAGGGACCUUCAGUACGAGUGCAGGAACCUCAUGGCUCCCCAUAACCGGUCUCUGAUGUCCACCGAGGAGGUGGAGGAGCUGAGUGUUGACAAGUGCCCCUCCCAGCGAUGUACAAUAACAUUCUUGCCUACGAAAGGUGACGUAAACUCGACACAGUUAACUCCAGUCAGGCAGCCACAUCGGACAAGCAAAUGGGACAACCGUUGUCUGAAAAAUGUGAACGCAAUGAACCAUGAAGGAGAUAAGGAUCUCUCUGUGUGAGUAACGGGGAAUUGUUUGUGCCUACAGUUUUUUUUCCUUUUCAAAAACAAACAAAGGGAGGUGAAUAUUGAGAUUUCUUGUUACACCUCAUUGUGUUAAGACUGAAAACAUUUGUUAAAGUCUUCAUACUCAAUCAGUGUCUCUUCUGCUGUGUGUAUAGAGCAUUUAUUUACCAUUGUCUUUUCAAAUCCUGUAUAAAUUAUUGGUGACUUGUCCAGUGUCAAGAUCUCUUUGCUAGUUGCUAUUUUUGGUAUUAAUUUCUCAUGACAGUUCAUGGGGGAAGGGUGGGGUGGGCGGGUUCGGACCUUGCCGAUCCCAGAGGAAUGAGGAACCAAGCUUUGCCUGUUUUCUGUCACCGUAAGUGUACUCUUUCAGCUUCACGUACUGUUUACAAAUGGAUAUUUGGCUUGUAGUACUGCGGUGUAUCUUCCUUUUCUGUACAUGGGCACCUGCGGGCACACGGCACUCCAUAACCAUGACCUUAAUGGCUUGGCCUCUUGGCUCUCUGGAUUUUGUGAGCCAGCUGGGGUGGAGUGUGGGGGACUUGUAAGUUUAUACAAGCAUCUACCCAGAACCACCCCUUCUCCCACCACCCCUCACCUGGUGCCAGUGACAUAGGUGGACCUGCUCCCUCCUGAACUCGCUGCCUUUGGGAAGUUGCUAGCUUUCCCCAGCCCAGGGAAGGAGGAUAAGGUAAGGAGGGAGGGGUGGGCUGUGUUUAUGUGAAGUGCAGAGAAAGGUGGGGAAGGGUGGUAGUCGCAAGACAGAUCAAGAUCUUGUCGUUGCUCGGGAAUUGUCACCACCAAGUCCAGCCUUGGUGGGAGUAGGACGGUUGCUUCCAAAGACUUUGUAGCUCGAUGAGAGUGAGGGAGGGGAGAUGGGAGGGAGGUUGUGGUGGGAGCAGAUCAGUGGACUGACACCCAGAAACAAGUUGGGCGAUCAGUGCUUCCCCUUUCAGACGGAAUCACCACUUACUUAAAGUGCCUUGUAGCAGCCAACUCCCCUCCUCCCCUUUGGACAGGACCUGCAUGUAUGCAGAGUUACCUUAGAGUGCAGUCAUUGUUGGGGGACUUUAAUGGUAGCUGUUAGCACGCAGCACAGUCCCAUAAUGGUGCAGCCAAUGGAUGCUCUUGCAUUAUCUUUGCUCUUGAGGUCAGUGGAACCUGGGAGUGAUUACAGUAUUGGAGGGGUGUGUGUGCACCUGGAGGCUGGAUUGUUGUAGCAACUGUCAAAGUCUGAUCUGCUGAUUUUUUUAAAUAUAUAAAUAUAUAUAUAAAUAUAUUGUGAACUAUGUACCUUCCAUACUGACCUAUAAUAAACAAUUGUAAGUGUAUGAUCAAAACUUUUGUACAUAUGUAUAUAUUUAAGGAAUCUGUGUAUAUUUGAUUGAAUAACUUAAGAAAGAUAUUCAAGUUUGUUUAGAUGCCAUUCCUUAAUUUAUGUUUUGGGGAAAGAAAAGGGAGUUUGGUGGCAUUUCUCUUGCACGUCGUUUUAUUUUGCCCUAUGUCUUACCAUCACUAAUAUUACGUCUGGCUAAAGAUCAAAAGUAUAUCAUUUAAAAAAAAAUCUGAAUACUAAAUCAAUUUGGCAAGUUCAGCUGGCCCACACAAAAAUGACAACUUGUUUCGCCACCGUUCCCGCCUGGUUUUAGGAGAGCAUGUACUGGGUCACAAACACCACAGUGAAGGCACAGAUGGAAAUUAGGAGCAUUUUCUUCAGUUCUUGCUGAGGGGGGAGGUGUGGAGAAAGUAAAGGACUGAGGCAGCAGAACACUCUUUCCCUCCUGCCCCAGGUUAUUUACAUAUGCCACUCUGCUUACCACUGGAAGAUCAGUCUUCAUUUUACAGAGGCAGAGUGGAUGGUCAUAUAUUUUCAGCCAGUGUGACGUAGAUGGCCAAACCUUCUGAAAUAACUUCCCUAUUUCUUGGCGCUUUGUAUGCCCCCCCCCCCAUUAUCUAGUCUGUACCCUCAUUGUCAAGUAGAGUUUAAUUCAGGCAUAUGAAAGUUAAGGAACAGAGUACACACAAGUUAUUCCCUCAGACUCUCGGCUUCCUGGUUCUUCCACCUCAUCCUCUGUUACCUACCUCUCUCCUUCACUCUGUUGGUGAGCCCUCUGCUGGAAAAGCCUACUUUGUGUAAAAAUAUAUAUAUAUAUCUGCUUUGAGCAUAUGACAAAAAAAUGAAGGGAUCAGUUUGUUUUUCUAUAUUUAAAAAAAUGUACAAGUUUUUGCUUUAUGUUCCAGUGCAAAAAAACCCGUAACUCCAAAAGAGUUUGUGAAUAUAUUUUGGACGAGAGUAUCUUUCUGCAUGGUAAAUGGACCCACUUCUGGGAGGAAUCUAAAUACUACACUCUCGUUUUUUGUGUGUUUUUUAUAUAAACUAAACUUUAUUGCAAACUCUUUUGAGUUAAAUCCAGAUCUUUCUAAAAAGAAAUGAAAUGUAACCUAGCAAUCGCUUCACUUUCAAAUAUCUAAUUGGCAAGCUGUUUCUGAAAACUCAAUAAAUUUUGUCUAAAUUAUGGACAAGAGGCUUUUCCUUCUGAAUCACAUUUAUUAAUGUCAGUUGCAUCGUGAGAGAUGGAGGGUGAUCUUUAAAUAAAAGGGAUGAAAAAUUACAAAAAAAAGCUGGCUGAUUUUUAAAAGAAAGUAAAAUUGCAAGAACUCUGAAUAAAGUUGUAAUUUUUUUUGUAUAAGGAUGUUGCUUUGCCUUGCAGAAGUCCUCUGUUCAUAUACUGCAUUUUGUUUGAUAUGUUCUUAGAGAUAACUUUCAAAAAAAAAACCCUAUUUAUUAAAGCGUUUUAUAUUAACGUC